AUGAGCAACAAUGGAGGAACACAUGAGCAACACACCAUACAUCAAGACAACAACGGAGGAACACAUGAGCAACACACCAUACAUCAAGACAACAACGGAGGAACACAUGAGCAACACACCAUACAUCAAGACAACAACGGAGGAACACAUGAGAAACACAUCAUACAUCAAGACAACAACGGAGGAACACAUGAGAAACACACCAUACAUCAAGACAACAACGGAGGAACACAUGAGAAACACAUCAUACAUCAAGACAACAACGGAGGAACACAGGAGAAACACACCAUACAUCAAGACAACAACGGAGGAACACAUGAGAAACACACCAUACAUCAAGACAACAACGGAGGAACACAUGAGAAACACACCAUACAUCAAGACAACAACGGAGGAACACAUGAGAAACACACCAUACAUCAAGACAACAAUGGAGGAACACAUGAGAAACACACCAUACAUCAAGACAACAACGGAGGAACACAUGAGAAACACACCAUACAUCAAGACAACAACGGAGGAACACAUGAGAAACACACCAUACAUCAAGACAACAACGGAGGAACACAUGAGAAACACACCAUACAUCAAGACAACAAUGGAGGAACACAGGAGAAACACACCAUACAUCAAGACAACAAUGGAGGAACACAUGAGAAACACACCAUACAUCAAGACAACAACGGAGGAACACAUGAGAAACACACCAUACAUCAAGACAACAACGGAGGAACACAUGAGAAACACACCAUACAUCAAGACAACAACGGAGGAACACAUGAGAAACACACCAUACAUCAAGACAACAACGGAGGAACACAUGAGAAACACACCAUACAUCAAGACAACAACGGAGGAACACAGGAGAAACACACCAUACAUCAAGACAACAACGGAGGAACACAGGAGAAACACACCAUACAUCAAGACAACAACGGAGGAACACAUGAGAAACACACCAUACAUCAAGACAACAACGGAGGAACACAGGAGAAACACACCAUACAUCAAGACAACAACGGAGGAACACAUGAGAAACACACCAUACAUCAAGACAACAACGGAGGAACACAGGAGAAACACACCAUACAUCAAGACAAAUUAUAA